AUGUCUUCAGACCUCCAAUGGCUCCUUAUCCGCAACAGUAACUCCUUCAUUGUGAAGCGAGUUCCCGAGGGCCCCAUAUUCUCCAAGGAGCCUGGUAACCUCCGGAACCUUCACUCGCACAAGUUCUCUGGUUUGGCCAAUGCCAAGGUACCAUUGAUGUCUCCGACUCGGCCUGCUGGCGUAAAAAUUACCACCCGCAAACCCAAGGCUUCCCCUCAUGCCGUCGCGUCUGCCAAAGCGACUACUUACAUCCGCCCACGAUCGGGAACACGCCGUGCUCUCGGUAUUGCUGCCCAGCCCGCAAAGAAGGGAUACAGGCCAGACCUCCGUACUGCUGCCCUCGCUCGUGUUUCUGCUCUCAUUGCCGCCCAAAAGGAGCCCAAGCCCUCACCACCGAAGAAGUUGCGAGGGAAGAAGGCUAGGGGUGGUUUGGAGUAG